CGGUCCCCGCGCUCCAUGGCCGCGCUCGGCGGAGACACCGCCCCGCGGCGUGGCGCACUUCCGCUUCCCGCGGAGCGGGCGAUGGCGGCUCGGGUGCUGCUUGCGGCGCUGAGCGCGGCGCUGGGUCUCUUCGCCUCGGCGGGGAAAAUGAAGAUCGUCGAGGAGCCGAAUACGUUCGGGUUGAAUAAUCCAUUCUUGCCUCAAACAAAUAGACUGCAGCCAAAGAUGUCCCCGUCUGCAGUAUCAGGCCCCGCACAUCUCUUUAGGCUUGCUGGCAAGUGUUUCAGUUUUGUGGAAUCCACGUACAAGUAUGAGUUUUGUCCAUUCCAUAAUGUCACUCAGCAUGAGCAGACUUUUCGAUGGAAUGCCUAUAGUGGGAUUUUAGGAAUCUGGCACGAAUGGGAAAUUGACAACAACACAUUUGUUGGAAUGUGGAUGAGGGAAGGAGACUCCUGUGAAACUAAGAGCAGACAGACAAAGGUUCAUCUUGUUUGUGGGAAGAGCAAUAAAUUGGCUUAUGUGUCUGAGCCAAGUACUUGUGUUUACUCUUUGACAUUUGAGACUCCUCUCGUGUGCCAUCCCCACUCACUUUUAGUUUAUCCAACUCUGACUGAAGCACUGCAGAGGAAGUGGGAUGAAGCAGAGCAGCUUCUGUACGACGAACUAAUAACCGACCAGGGUUACAAAAAAAUUCUGAAAGAGAUUUUUGAGGAAGCAGGACUUCUAAAAGCAACAGAAGAAAAUGAAGGUGAAAAACAGAGUAAGAAAAUAACUCUGGAAUUUGAAUCAGUGGAAAAGUGCAGUAAGGAAUACAAGCAACUUUCUGAAGAAAUAAAAAAACUUAGAGUUUUAUUAGGUCAACAUGGUAUUGCAUACAAAGGAAAUUCUGCUGGAAAUACCAGUGUUGAGCAUGUAAGUCACCAACUGGCAACUGCAGUGGCAUCAGUUCUUAAUGGGUCAAAGAAUGAUGAGCACCUGCAUGGCGAAACGGGAAUUUGGAAUUACACUCUAUGAAGAAACUUGGGUGAUACAGAAUGUAAAUUAAACUGAACAUGUAUUAUGCCAUUAAAAGAUUAUUUACCGUCUUGUGAUUA